CAUCAUCAGAAACAAAAGACUGGCCAAGAACAGAACGAUAGGGAGCGAGGUGGCAGUACAGUGGGAGAGUAUCCACUUGGUGGAUAGAGAGACAGAGGGUCUAGGCUAAGGAGGCCAGACGAAAGAAGAAAAAGGGCGAGGAAAGGACCCCCCAUCGUGUGAUUCUUUCCACGUUGCACCAUCAUCACCAUCACACUUACUUUACAAUAAACCCUCCUUAUACCUUCUCCCUUUCCAUAAUCUUGGUAACCACUUUCUCAUUCAAACGACGUUGACGAUCACCUAAACGACGUAAUCAAAGAAGAAGAACAUACCUAAAAUACCCCAUAUACAUAGCCAUAAUCCCCCUCCUUUCACUUUCAACCCCACGAGAUCGUCAUAUGCAACGUACAUCUUACUACGCCCAACGUUCUCCAAGACAGAGGAAUUCAACUCCUUAUCCUAAUCGACCACGACCUUUAUCUCAGUUGGAUCAACAGCAACAACCUCAACAGCAGUAUCAGCAACAACAACAACCGUACCCUCAACCUCAAAUGAACCCUUAUAUGAUGCAAGGGAUGGGAGGUAUGCAACCUGGUAUGGGAAUGGGAAUGGGGAUGCAACCUGGAAUGGGAGGAAUGGGUGGGAUGGGAGGAAUGAAUGGGAUGCAAGGACAAAUGAAUCAAGGGUAUGGUAAUGCUUAUCGUCAAUUGGGAUACGAUUAUCAACUCCCCGUUUUGACAUAUAAACCUGAAGCUAAUUGGGGUGCUUGGGACUUUGCCACGGCACAGUAUGGUGGACGAAACCUCGAUAGAAAUAUGUUUGAUGAGAUUAUCUCAUCCGUCACAAAUUUCUUCAACAAUCGUCAUCUCUCCGAACACGCCGCUCGAGAGGCUCAUUACAAAGUAUACAGCCAGAAUUUGGGCCAAGAAUCCAAUAACAAGCAAUUAGGAGGUGCAGCGGCUUAUCAAGCUUUCUUAAUCUGGGAUAGGGAUCAUUAUUCUGCCUAUCAUAGUAACCCCACUGAACAAAAUCGGGAACGACUCGUAGGUUUGGCUGUUGCUGAACUAUUCCGAUUAUGGGACGCUAUAGUUCCUAAUUCCUCAAGAACGGACCGAGCCACAGCGGCACAGUUCGCAGCUGCUACUGCUAAAUGGUUAUUUGACCGGAUGGGAGGUAUGGGCGGUAUGGGACAGAUGGGCGGUAUGGGUGGUAUGGGUCAGAUGGGUCAGAUGGGAGGCAUGGGAAUGGGAGGUAUGGGUCAAAUGGGAGGCAUGGGGAUGGGUGGUAUGGGCGGUAUGGGAGGUAUGGGUCCAGGUCAGAUGGGUAUGCCAGGUUUGGGGAUGGCUCAACCUGGCUAUGGAGCCAUGGGGAUGCCGGGGGCUCUGGGCUCGAACAUGGGUUUGCAGAUGGGUCAAAUACCUAUGGGAGGAGGAAUGGGAGGAAUUGGGGAAGCACAAGCUGCUCCAGGGAUGCACCCGUACACUUACGGAGCACAAUCCGGCGUUGCUUGGGGUAAUCAACCCAUUGAUCACAUGGCCAAUCCCACGUUCCUAGGCGGUCCUCAGAGACAAAUGUACGGAUACGGAGCCCCUCGAUACUUUUAA